ACCAAUUGAUCCAUAGGUUUGUAUGUCGACAACAAAUUCAUUAGUAAAUUAUUGUUUUUAAUUUUUAUUUCAAAUUAAAAAAUGCUAUUUAAAUGUCAAUCAGAUAGUUAUCUUAAAGAGUUCAAAACAAGAGUCAAGUCAUGCAAAUCAAAUGAAUCGAAGAAUAAAGGAAUCAAACAAUCGGGUUAUGAAGUGAUUCUUGAGGACACUAUUCUGUUUCCAGAAGGCGGCGGACAGGUAUUGCCAUGCGAUUGGGGAACAAUUGAUGACAAACGAGUUGUCGAUGUCCGUCGUGAUGGUGACACUGCCAUUCAUUUUGUUCUGAGUGAAGAACCACUCGAAAUGAAUUCAGAAGUUUACUUACGGGUCGAUUGGUCGCGACGUUUCGAUCACAUGCAACAACAUUCUGGUCAACAUCUGAUCACUGCCGUAGCCGAACAAACAUACGGUUUGAAAACCACUUCCUGGAAUCUCGGCGAUGAAGUUUCGUUCAUUGAAUUGGAUGCCAAAGAAGUUUCCGAUGACACUGUCAGACAAUUAGAAGAGUUGGUCAACGAAAAGAUACGUAUUUCGGCUCCCGUUUCGGUCACUUUAUAUGAUAAAAACGAUAAACGUCUCGAAGAGAUUAGCACUCGAUUAAUGAUACCCGAAGAUCAAAGUGGACCCAUUCGAGUGAUAACCAUUGAGGGUGUCGAUGAAAAUACUUGUUGUGGAACUCAUGUCUCCAAUUUAAGUCAUUUACAAACGAUAAAACUUUUGUCUGCAGAAAAAGGAAAGAAGAAUAAAACAAAUCUUUAUUUUUUGUGCGGAAAACGAGUUCUCACUUAUUUGGAUAAGACUUACAAACGAGAAAAACUUCUCAACUCUUCAUUAAAAUGUACAUCUGAAGAGUUUAUAUCAAUGAUUGACAAACUAAAGAAGUCAUUAAAAGUGUCGCAAAAAAAUUGUUUGAAUGCUAUGAGAGAUUUGGCUAAACUCGAGGCCAAAAAUUUCUUAGAAAUGAAUCCCAAACCAAAAUAUGUGUCGAUUCAUCGCAAAGAAAGUGAUAUCGAUUUUAUUACCAUUUAUUUGAUGGAAGUUAAACAACAUAUCGACAAUACACUGGUCGUACUUACCGUCACUGAUGACAGUACUAAUAGUAAUAGCUCGGGACAGUUAGCUUUGGCCGGUAAUCAAGAUUUAAUACAACGAUUUAUACCAAAAUUAUUAGAGAUAAUGCCGAAUACAAAAGGCUUCUUAAAAGAUGGUAAAUAUGCGGCAAAAGUUGACAAUUUGGCCAAAAGAUCCAAAUUGGAUGACAUAUUAAAAUGUGAAUUUGGCGACAAUUGAUUAAUAAUUAA